AUGGCUUUCUCCCGUCCUCGUUCCAGCUUCCAGCCUUGUGAGACCUUCUUCGUGGAGGAUGACUAUCACCGUGCUCGUGCAGACAGACAGGCGCAACAGGAGCACGACAAGCUCGUUGCUCGUGAGCGUCAAUAUGCCAUUGCGGAUCAACUGUCUCGUCUGACAAGCGAGGAGCUUCGUGACGAUGUCCUGAAGCACAUGCUUGACAUGGACAGUCAAACCCUCCCCGAUGUGGAAUCUAUCGAUAUUCAGACCGAAAUUCAAUGGUUCAUGCGUCCGUACCUCCUUGACUUCCUGAUCGAAGCCCACACUGCCUUCCAGCUCAUGCCGUCGACCUUGUUCCUGGCCAUUAACCUCUUGGAUCGUUACUGUUCCAAGCGCGUGGUCUACAAGCGUCACUAUCAGCUCGUUGGCUGUGCGGCUCUCCUCAUUGCCGCGAAGUACAAUGACAAGAAAGACCGUGUCCCCACUGUCAAGGAAUUGAAGUCGAUGUGCUGCUCUCUCUACGAUGAUGACAUGUUUAUCCAGAUGGAAUGGCACGUUCUGCAAACCCUGGGCUGGACCAUUGGUCAUCCGACUGUUGAUAGUUUCCUUCAGGUUGCUGUCCUGGAUGAGGCUUACGACCCGGAGGUGGAGCACAUGGCUCUCUAUAUUCUAGAGAUUGCCCUAUUCCACCGCGAUUUCGUCUCUAAGCCCUCCUCGGAACUCGCCCGGGCUGCCUUGGCUUUGGCACGCUGCAUCCUCAAUCGUCCGCAACCUCGUCACACCGACUGGGCUUCCCAGUACGACUCGAUGACUCUUGUUGGUCUCUCCCAGCAGCUUCACCAGCCGUCGUCGGUUGUUGCUCGCAAGUAUGCCUCGGCCCACUACUCGCGCGUUUCCAAGGUCCUGGAACAUUUCCUUAACCGUCAGGCUUCAUUGGCCAGCUACGCCCGAUGCACUCCCCCGAAGUCCCAGCAGUUGAGUGCCAUUGCGCACGGAUACAUGACUCCGCCGGUUACCCCGGAGAAUGGAGGCUUUGUCCCGGCGCAGAUGGGCAACCAGGACCUCAACCCAGUCGUUCCAACUGUGAAUGGCUGCUCGCCAUCACCUGCACCUGAAACUGAGAUGCAGUACAUGUCUACUGAAGCCUACCAGCAACAAGAAGCCAUGUACAUCGCUCAGCAACAGCAACAACAGAUGCAGCAGUUCACUUCACAGCCACAGAUGGUCAUCGACCCCACAUACGCGGGUGCGAUGUAA